CACAGACUGAUCUUCUUCCCAUUGUUAGAUCAGACAUUUACAAAAUCUCCACGAUUUUACUUCUCAUUAAAUUUUGUUUUUUUGGGCAAAUUUCUCACUACCCAUUUCUCAAAAUUUCAAAUUUUGCAGUCAGAAAUUCAGAAAAAAAAGAAGAAGUUAAAAAAUAGAAAAAGAAGGUGAAAAUCUUCAUCUUCCCAAUUUUACAGACUAUAUAUUCCUCACCAGACCCUCCAAACACCUUAUCUUUCUCUCUCUACAGCCUCUGUUUCUCUCUCUAGAAAUAUACAUUUUUUUAAUCUCUCACCCAUCUGUUUGGUAACUGGAUUUGUAUUUGUAUUUGGUAAUCAAACACCACCAUUGAAAGAACAAAUACAAAGGUUGGAGGGGGCAUAUAUAGAGAGGAGGUUGAACAUGCCCUCUGUUCUUAUUCCUAGAGUGCCUCCUCUCAGAUCUUAGUUUUCUUCAAGGUUUGGCAUCUGGGUUUUUGUUUAAUCGAUGUGCUAAAUUGCGGUUCAGUAUUUGAUCGGUGCAGGAUCGGCUGUUUCUGAAUUGAAUCCGGGAUUACUUGUUUUCGAAUCGGAUUACAAUCUGCUCGUUUGAAAUAUUUCAUAGCAAGGAAAAAAUGCAAUCCGAUAGUGGUAAGUUAUUUAUUGGCGGCAUAUCUUGGGAUACAAACGAAGAGCGUCUGAAAGAGUAUUUCAGUAGUUUUGGGGAGGUGGUAGAAGCAGUGAUCAUGAAAGAUCGGACCACAGGCCGUGCUCGUGGUUUCGGUUUUGUAGUUUUUUCUGACCCAGCAGUUGCGGACAGCGUCAUAAUGGAGAAGCACAACAUUGAUGGAAGGAUGGUUGAGGCUAAAAAGGCUGUUCCUAGGGAUGACCAAAACAUAUUGGGUAGAAGUAGUGGCAGCAUCCAUGGUUCUCCAGGUCCUGGCCGCACAAGAAAGAUAUUCGUUGGAGGUUUAGCGUCCACUGUCACAGAGAGUGACUUCAAGAAGUAUUUUGAGCAGUUUGGGACAAUCACAGAUGUUGUAGUGAUGUAUGAUCACAGCACCCAGAGACCAAGAGGCUUUGGAUUCAUCACUUAUGAUUCAGAAGAGGCAGUGGACAAGGUUUUGCUUAAGACAUUUCAUGAACUGAACGGGAAGAUGGUUGAAGUCAAGCGUGCAGUUCCCAAAGAGUUAUCACCUGGCUCCAGUCGUAGCCCUAUUGGUGGAUACAACUAUGGUCUGAGUAGGGUCAAUAGCUUGCUUAAUGGCUACACUCAGGGGUAUAUUCCAAAUACAGGUGGAGGCUAUGGACUUGGUAGAUUCAGUCCAGUUGCUGGUGGUCGUAGUGGAUUUCCUCCAUUUGGUUCUGGUUAUGGAAUUGGUAUGAAUUAUGAGCCAGGCUUGAGCCCAGGUUUUGGAGGAAAUGCAAAUUAUAAUAAUAAUAAUAAUAAUAAUAUGAACUAUGGACAGGGUGGAUUGAGUCCUUAUUAUAUCAAUAAUUCAAAUAGGUUUAGCAAUCCCAUUGGGUAUGAUGGCGGUAAUGGAGGAAACACAUCUUCGUUUUUCAGCUCAGUGUCUCGGAACCUGUGGGGGAAUGGGGGUGGUGGACCUGAUGGUCUUAACUCCACAAAUUCUAAUGCUUACAUUGGAUCAGGAAGUGGGACCAUUGGAGGAAGUACAUUUGGAAAUACUGGGGCUAAUUGGCCAUCUUCAGCAAUGUCAGCUCAAGGCGGAGGAAAUAAUGUUUCUAAUAAUAGCAGUAAUCUUGGUUAUGGAGUUGGGGAUAACAGUUACGGUCUGGGAACUGGAGGUUAUGGAAGAAACAGUGGUGCAAGUGUGCCCCCUACAUCUUCAUUUGCUGCAUCAAAUGGUGGUUUCGAUGGGUCCUUGGCUGACUUUUACAGCAGUAAUUCAAUUUAUGGAGACCCUACUUGGAGAUCAUCAAAUUCCGAGCGAGAUGGGUCUGUCCCUUUCGGUUAUGGGCUUGGCAGCACAGCUUCUGAUGUUUCAGCUAAGAGUUCUCCAGGUUAUGUGGGUGGUUAUAGUGUUAAUAAGAGACAGUCAAACACAGAUUUUAGUGUUGCUUCUUGUUUAUUGGCCGAUCUGGAUUUUUGAGUGAGCUUUCUCAUUAAUAUGUUGGCGCGCGUGUUCUGGGGUCAUAGAAAAGUAAAGUGAAUUGCUGCCUAGGAUCAUCGUUCGUUGCUGAUAUCACGACAUUGUAGGUGAAGAUAAUCUGGUGAAGCAGGUGAAUUGUGAAUUUUGCACACCGCCCUCGUUUAUACAUCUCAGUAAAAAUUGGUUAGUAAGAAGAGCUAACUGGAGUGCUUGUUUGCAGAAGUAAAAGUAGAGAGAUAGGGGUUAAGAUGGAUUUUGUGUUAAUGCUUUGAGUUUGAGUUACCGAUUUUAGGUUUUUUUGUUUUGGUCUUUGAGUGAGAUGUAAAAUCAGAUUGCGGGAUGUAGUCAGAAGUGUAUCAUGCAUCUCCGGUGAGGCGGCGAUACCCGAAAGGCGAAAAGAAAAAAAAAAAAAAACGAAAAAUGAUAGACUGAUAUAUAUAUAUAUAUUCUUCUUCUUCCCUAGAGUUUUUAUCUGUAACAUCUCUGGCAAUUGGUUAUGGUCAGGGAAUGCUUUUUUUAUAUUCUUUUAUUUUCCAUUUUUCUGUUAUUUUCUUUUUGUACCUGAAAUUAAUGUCGAUUUAUUAGUGUGAAACGUUUAAGGGUGACCCAGCUAGGGGACCCCAUUAAUAAGUAAUCGCAUAUUCUGAUUC